ACAUUUACAUAUAAUACAUAGUAUUCGCGUUUUAUGCGUUUUGUGGAUUCCCUUAUCCCUGUCGCGUUUUUAAAGUGCUUCGACUUUUGCAUAAUAGCAUUUGGGUCAUUUGCUCUUUCCAGUUGAAUACCUAAUUAGUGGGUCCUCUGCAUAGCGGCGUCAUAGGUUCAAAUCGCGAUUUUCGCAGCCAAAACUGUCGAACCAAAAGAAAUUCAAACUUAGCAUCUUCAGCGCCUAAGAUGGCGCAAAACAAUAAAGAGACUCUCCCUCUCAGGGUGCAAGGCCCUCCGCCCGGGGUAACAGCGCCUUCCGACGAUGUUAGAAACCCGCAAGUUUACGAAACAUUUCCCAACUCGAAUUCUCAAAGUCAUACAGUCAAACCGACGGGGCAGAAAAACCCCCCUCAACCUACGAUCAAGGAUGGAAUCCAAUCAAUAAAACCGGACGACUUUUUUAAUGUACACAAAAUUCCAUGCGCCCGCCAGGGCCUUAUGACGGGUAUCGGCGCGGGUGCAGCAGUGGGAAUGGGUCGAUAUUUCGUAGGAGGGACAAUACCAAAAUCAACCAAUUGGGCUUUCGGUGCCUUUUUUAUAGGCUCUAUAAUACAAUGGGAAUAUUGUCGCACACAGCGGGCGAACGAACGUAUGGCUGUAGCACGAAUAGUCGAGGUUAUGGAUAAGAAACAGGCCGAGAAAAAAGCACAAGCUGAAGCGGCGAGAUUAAAACAGGAGGCGGAAAAGGCAAAGCAAGACGCUGUGACAGCUGUGACAAAGAAAAGUUGGUAUAAAUUUUGGUGAGCACCGUCAAAUCCUGGAUACUGCCAAGAGGAAUAACAACAAUUGCUACCAUACUAUAAAGGUCCCGGGUAUGUCGUUCUGUCCAUUUGCUAAUAUUUAAAAUUCCACAAAUCACCUAUCAACGUCGAUGCUCCUGAUAGCCUUGAGUUUGUUAGUCUAGCAUGCAGAAAUAAUGGAGUCUGACGCGAUAUUUUUUUUCGGGCUGUUCCAAAUAAGU